UCUUAUUUCCUCCUCCAUCUUUACAGUAUUGUUUUUCGUUCUUGCUUUUUAAUUUUUUUCGGAUAUUCGGAGGAAACUUCAUUGGUUAAAAUGAGACAGGCCAUUGUCCUGGGAAUUUUGGCCUGUUUGAGUCUGGUUUCGUAUGUCAGGGCUGAAGACCCCUAUGUAUAUCUCAAUUGGGUAGUCGAAUAUGGGGAAAUUUCACCUCUUGACGUUAAACAAAGGGGAAUUCUCAUUAACGGACAAUUUCCAGGCCCCACUGUUAAUGUUGUCACCAAUGACAAUGUUAUUGUUAAUCUUGAGAACAAAUUGGACGAACCUCUUCUCCUCACAUGGAACGGAGUGAAACAAAGGAAGACUUCAUGGCAAGAUGGUGUGCUCGGAACGAACUGUCCGAUUCCUCCAAACUCAAAUUGGACAUACAAGAUGCAAAUGAAGGAUCAAAUCGGGACCUUCACCUACUUCCCGUCCACGCUAAUGCACAGAGCCGCCGGCGGGUUCGGAGGAUUCAAUAUCUUGGCCAGGUCCGUGAUUCCAGUUCCGUACCCCAAGCCAUACGAGGAAUUCACAGUCCUUGUCAGCGACUGGUGGAAGAAAGAUCACAAGGAAUUGCAACAAAUCCUGGAUUCAGGGAACCCUUUCCCACUUCCUGACGGCAUCCUCAUAAACGGGAAACCUCGUUUGACUUCCUUCAAUGUCGUGCCAGGGCAAACCUAUUUGUUCAGAGUGUCGAAUGUAGGAAUGACAACGUCGAUAAACUUCAGGAUUCAGGGACACACACUACGCCUGGUGGAGUGCGAAGGGUCGCAUACGAUGCAGGAAAUGUACGAGUCACUGGACAUUCACGUCGGACAGUCCAGCUCCUUCUUGGUGACCGUACACAGCCAUAAUCCUAAAGACUAUUUCAUCGUCGCCUCCACUCGUUUCACCAAACCUAUUCUGACCGCGACCGCAGUCCUUCACUAUCAGGGCUCUAACAGUCCAGCCUCAGGGCCACUACCCGUUGCACCAACUUACCAUGUUCACUGGUCCAUGAAGCAAGCCAGAACUGUCAGAUGGAAUUUGACGGCAAAUGCAGCCAGGCCUAACCCACAGGGCUCAUUCCACUACGGAACCAUACAAGUCGUGCGGACAAUAGUGUUAGAAAACUCUGCUGCUAAAAUUAACGGAAAGCUGAGAUACGCAGUUAAUAAGGUGUCUUACAUAAAUCCGGACACCCCAUUGAAGCUUGCUGACUAUUUCAACAUCCCUGAUGUCUUCACCUUAAACUCAAUCAAGGACAGCCCUCCAGCAGGCCCUGCAGCUCUUGGAACCUCAGUAGUUGGAACCACUCUACACGAUUUCGUCGAAAUCGUGUUCCAGAAUAGUGAAUCCACCAUCCAGUCUUGGCAUCUAGAUGGCUACGAUUUCUGGACUGUAGGGUUUGGUAGUGGCAAGUGGAAUACUACAUUGAGGAGACGCUUCUACAAUUACAAUGAUGCCCCGACCAGAUACACAGUCCAGGUGUAUCCUUAUUCUUGGAGCGCGAUUUUGGUGUCACUGGACAAUAAGGGAAUGUGGAAUUUAAGGUCUGCGAUUUGGCCAAGACGAUACCUGGGACAAGAACUGUAUGUUAGAGUGUGGAACGACGAACGUAGCCUGUUUACUGAAUACGACAUCCCGCCAAAUGCAUUGCUCUGUGGCAAGGUCAAGCAUUAGUACUAAUUGGAGUGAUGGAUGGUUGAAUGUUACAUUUUCUGUUUUCUGCUAAAUCUUUUAUCUUAUGUUUCUUUUAUAUCAGUUACGAGGGUGUGACUGUCUGGAAAAAAAAAAAGAACAAAAAGAAAGACAAAAAAGAAAUGGAGAAUUAAAUCGUGUUGUAUGGGAACAUUGAAGGAGGAAAAAGGGAUAAAGAA